AUGGCUCAUAAUGGCCCCAUUCCUUCGAGUGCUGAUAGCUCAGAUAGGGAAGGGGAUACUUUCGAGGAUGCGCAAGAUAACACUGAUCGGCCCCAGUCUCAUCCGUCAUCUGCAUCUUCACGCUCUCUGACCAAUCUUCGACCACCCUCAUCUCCCUCUACACCACGCGGGUCCAACGUACAAUCCUCAGAAGAAACAUCGGUACAUAAACAAGAGGCUCGUAAGCCAGACAAUGAAGACACUCCAACCAAAUCUCCCUUGCUCACUGCGCACCGUAUUUCGGCUUCUUCCCUCAACAAUGUGCAACUUGACGGAACGAACGACACCAAUUCAAUACGAUCAGACUCUACGGCUACUGCAACGACCGAAAAAAGCAUGGCUACCUCCCCUCCAAAGCUCCCGAUUCGAUCACAAGGUCUGUCUGGAAACCUUCCAUCGAUACCUUGGGGCCCGCCUCCCGCCUCGAAACCAACAGUCUCUAUACCUUUUACAGCUCCACCCCCGAGGAAAUUGGGCAUGAGUUUUUCCUGGCUGUCGAGGAGUACUUCCGGAACUAAAGAUGCUGUCCCGUCUCCCAGCCAAGUGCCAACUCCUCGUGACCGGCGGAACACUGUCACUUCUAUAGCCUCGAUCGGCUCGAAUCCGGAGCUCAUGCUGAGCAAGCUGGAUGAAGGCCAAGAAUCCGACAACUCGACCGGUGCAAAACGGCAAAGAAAUAGUUUAAGAGACCGGUUCAAGAUGCUCCGGAUGAGAGAAGAGGCGGGCAUACAGUCCCUCGAGGGACAGGAUGUUGGGUCGCCAACAGCCAGCGGAGGAGCUCUUGCAGCGCUAAUUGGGCGAGGUGCAAGCGUUGGCCUCGGCAUUGGAAGCCCAACAAGUGUCGUAGACGAGAAGGAAGGUGGCCUUGCUGGUACUGCCAGUCCUCUACAAUCACCGGUCUCGACUGUUCCCCCCGCUAAUCCAACAACAUCGACAACCAAUCCUAAUCUUGCUCCUGGAACAGCCUCCGGCGUGUCAGCUGGCCCUUCAGCUAUGACUGAUCCUGCGGCUGCUGUUGACUGGGACUUAUGGCAAUCGGUCGUGUAUGAAGGGCCAUCAGCAGUUGCAAGGACCAGCGCGGAGGAACUCAGCAUGGCUAUAGCAAGUGGCAUUCCCAGUGCGAUAAGAGGUGUCGUUUGGCAGGUAUUGGCCCAGAGUAAGAACGAUGAACUGGAAGGCGUGUACCGAGAGUUGGUCGUACGGGGUACAGACAAAGACCGCGACCACAUGGCUGCAGCAAACGGUCAUGCACUGACAAAUCUCCCAAUGAACGGAAGCGCUAAGGAAAAGCACUCAAUAGCCUCUUCAGCAUCGUCGAUGCACUCUGGUCAAUCCACACCGGCAACUACAGCGACCAAUGGCUUGACAUCGCCAUCUCAUUCGCAGCUAGGAAAAGAUGCAGAAAGCAUGAAACAGCUUCAGGCAGCGAUGAUGGCCGAACGGAAGAAAAAAGCAAAGGAGGAUGCUGCUGCUUUGCAGAAGUUGGAGAAGGUCAUCAGAAAAGAUCUGGGGGCCCGAACAAGUUAUUCGAAGUAUGCUGUGGCUGCUGGGCUUCAGGAGGGUCUAUUCGGAGUUUGCAAAGCAUAUGCCUUGUUUGAUGAAGGCGUCGGCUACGCUCAAGGCAUGAACUUUUUGAUAAUGCCGCUGCUUUUCAAUAUGCCCGAGGAAGAGGCUUUCUGCCUUCUCGUUCGGCUGAUGAAUCAGUAUCAUCUUCGCGACAUGUUCAUACAGGAUAUGCCUGGCCUCCAUUUGCAUCUUUACCAAUUCGAGAGGUUACUCGAAGAUAUGGAGCCAGCGCUGUACUGCCACCUCCAUCGAAAAGGCGUUGCCCCACAAUUGUAUGCAACGCAAUGGUUUCUCACUUUGUUCGCCUACCGCUUUCCUCUCCAGCUAGUCCUCCGUGUAUAUGAUCUUAUCCUUAGUGAAGGUCUUGAAGGUGCCAUCCUGAAGUUCGGUAUAGCUUUGAUGCAAAAGAACGCCGACAACUUACUUGGCAUGAAUGAUAUGUCCAGUCUAACAAAUUUCUUGAAAGACCGCCUUUUCGAUGUCUACAUAGACCAGGCACCGUCCGCAAACUCGUUACUUGAGUCAGGUUUCUUCGGCAGCUCAGGUGGUGGGAUUGACAAAGAGAUCUACCGCGCCGAUAUUCUCGUCCAAGAUGCCUGCGCAGUCAGAAUUACCCCGGAGAUGCUGAAACAUUAUACGUCAGAAUGGGAAGAGAAGCAGCGAUCAGAAAAGGAAAGAGAAGCCGAACUCGAAACGCUUCGUUCAACGAACGCAUCGCUCGCGCUCAAAGUCCGCUCGCUUGAAGAGAGAACAGAAAAGUCGGACACCGAACAUGUGCAAAUGGCUUCGGAGUUGGUUCGUACGAAAGUUGAAAACCAGGAGUUGUACGAUAGCGUCGAGAGCUUGAGGGGUCAGACAGACGAGCUGAGGAGUAUGGUCGAGAAACAGCCUGAGGAGGUUGAGCAGAGGCUGAAGGAGGAGAUGGAUCGAAUCAUGAAGAGGAAUAUAGAGGUGCAGAACGAGAACCGAGCAUUGGAGGAGCAGAUUGCAGAUAUGGAGAAGACAUUGGUGGAGACGAAGAUGCAGUUUGCUGAGAUUAACGGCGAAUAUGACAGCCUGAAGCAAAAGUGGACAGAUUUGCGGAAAGCCAUCGAGUCUUAG